AUGUGGCACCCACCAAGCAAAAGCGGGCUCAUCAUCGAUUGCCUUCAGCUUUGCAUACAGUAUUUUGUUGCCUUCUCUCGCAACCAGAAGGUGAAGUCCAACAGACUGAAGGUAGGGAGUAGAAUAGUGGAGCUGGAAAAGAGGAAUAUGGACGAUCCACUCCAAACAAUUGCCGACAGUGUUGGAUUGCGCAAUUACCAACAAGACAUUGCGAGCCAAGUCAUGGAUAGGUGUCUAGCCUUGUCAUCUCGAGAGAUUGCAAUUGAUGGCGGUGAGAACGAGGAGAGUGAUAUCGACAGUAUAUGCUCAUGGGAUGAGGUUGGCUGGCAGGCAAACAAACCAAACUGA